GUUCUUACCGUAAUUCCAAAGGUUUGCGCGAAAGCUAACGGACAACAUUAUUUGAUUUGACCCAACCUGCAUGUAAACAUACGAUGCUAGGUUUGAUUUAACCGCCACCAUCUCUCUCUCUCCCUCUGUUUAUGGUGGGAUGUGUUUGCAUAGCCACUUUGCAGUGUUAUUCCAUUGGCUAUACUGCCCUGGUCUCAGUUGACUUUCUCUUAAGUCAUUAAUGCGUUUUUGGUGAUCUAACGGUUUUGCUGAAUUCAGUUUCAGUAGUAACAGCCACAAGAAGAUAUUUGUACUUCAGCUCAUCUUUAUUUUAUUAAGCUUUAGUUUGUUAGAUUAUAACGAAUCAACUUGGUCUAUGUCGGUGUAUGAGGACUACUGACUGAUUCAUUCAUAAGUCACAAUCUGUGUUGUUAUUCUCAUCCAAUAGUUAAACACAGGAAAGAACCCAAAAAAGUAAAGCAGGAUAAGGUAGAUGCUUGCUCUUACAUUGAAAACACAGAUAGUGUUAAUAACUCUCAGCAAAGAACAAUAUGUAUCGCAUGCAUGAAGAAAUAAUGUACAAUAGGUGGACCAUUUGUGUGCUAACUGUAAAUAAAAAUGCUAUGUUCUUUACAGAUUCGGCUCCCUCUCUCUUGUCCCUCCGUCUUCUGGUUCCUCCUGUGCGACUUAUGACCGCUUACAUGUGGCAGGUUGCACAUCAACAAAAUGUAGAGAAUUUUGGAAAAUUGGAGAACUUUGUCUCUGUUGUGUUGAAGAUUGUGCCAGACCUUUUGAGCCACAGGCAAAAAGCAACAUUGAUUAUAGGGCUUCGAGCAAAGAUGUUGCUGGAGAUGUGCAAGGGGGAUGUCCCAGUUGAUCUACAAACCAUCAGAAGUCAUUUAAGUGGAAUCCAAACUCAACAUCUAAAAAGUAGUAAAAAUUCAGAACUGGAAAACCUUCAGAGUAGUUUUCUGAAGCUUGUGUUGAAUCUACUGGAGGAUCCUGUUGGAAAGGAAUACUUUUUUAAGAGGGUGUAUCCUGUGGAAUAUGGGCCAGACUUUGACAAAGCUCUCCAAGUUCUGGUUUGCUACUUCAUUUCAAGACUGGAAAAGCUUCUCCCAAUACCAAACUUUAAACAAGUGUCCUCCUGGGUAGACAGCUCCUCUCUCUGGAAUGAAUGUGAGCAGUAUCUCUGUCAGCCAGAACACCUUCACUCUCUGCUUCAGAACACUUACCAUGGACCACUGGGAGAGACAGAUCUUCCCUCUAUAGUAGAAGACCGAAUCAUGUCCUCUCUGUCGUAUCAACGCAUACCUGGUGUGUGCCAUCGGCUAAGCAACCUGCACAGGGAGCCCCACCUUGAUUUACAAAGGCCUUCCUCCCAAGAACCUCAAGAUGAGGACCAGGAGACAGACGGACAUGAGCAGAGAUGCCAAGACAUUCAUGCAACCUUAAGUGUGGUCAGAGAGGUCCAAAGACUGGCUGACCCUUCCUCUACUAACACAAUCCAGGGUGGUGCACAUGACGAGGAUAGCGCUGAGUUUGACCUGGAUAUAGAGACUGGGAUGGAGGAGGCGACUCCAAAUCAGACCAAUGUUCCUAUGGUUGAACUCGGACGCGGGAAGACGACUCGAAAAACUACAGAGUCCGUAUCCAACAUGUUUGAUAAAGAUAAAGAGGAAGCAACUUUAGAGGUGACAGACAUGUACGCUACCCUCACUUCUGAUCAAGUGCUGGGUUCUUUAUUCCCAGGAGGGGCUGUCUUACAGACCAUUGUGCCUUUAGAAGUUCUGUCACUCAUUCCAGUUGACCAGUGUACUGAUGAGAAGCCAACUGUGGCUCGGCCGGGAGAGAACAUGAAUGUAUCCCAUCCUAAGCAAGAAGACGUUCGUCCAGUGUUGUUACAACAGAAAAUUGUCUUGGUGCUCUCAGACCUAUCCUCCACCAACAAUACAAAGGAUGAUGUGAAUGGGGCUGUAAUAGAGGUGCCCUCCCAUAAUGCUGCCGACUCCCAAUGUUCCUCUGAUUCAACACAAAAAGCCUCUCCCUCCUCUAAGAGCCUUGCGUCCUUACGGGGGGGAAAGAAGUGCCCCCAUUGCAGCAGGUGUUUCAAAUACAACUCAGAACUCGUCAGGCACCUGCGCUGCCACAUUAAGGAUGGCACCCAACAUGGCCGAGACCUCUUGAGUCUGGCCAUCAACAAACGGAAAGACACGUGUGUGACGAAGUAUAAGUGUGUCACCUGUGGGCUGAGACUUGCGUCUUUGCAUAAGUGGCGCAAACACAGAAGAACUCACGCAGUGGACAGGCCACCGUUCAAAUGUGCUCACUGCGGCAGGGAGUUCAAACAGCUGACCGGUCUCAGGAGUCAUCAGCAGGCCAAAUCUGACCAGGCGGACCCCUCACAGCCAACGUGUUUACAGCCAAAGAGAAUCCGUGCCAACGGAAAGCCAAAGAACACCUCCGCCAAUGCCCCAGCCAAGAGCGAUUCGGGACAGUGCCGGUUCUGUGGUGAGAUGUUUCCUGAGGCCAUCGACCUGAGGAGCCACUUGAAGACACAUCCAGAGUUUAAGCCCUACCACUGUGACCAGUGUGGCAAAAGCUUCACCACCAAAAUGUACCACCAGGUCCACUUGUUGACGCACACGAGUGAGAAGCCUUACCUCUGCUCAGAUUGUGGCAAGCGUUAUCACAGCCUUCGACAGCUCAAGCAGCACAUGAAGGUCCAUGCAGGGGCCGGGCAGCACUGCUGUUCCUUCUGCGGCAAACUGUUCGGCCUCCAGGGGGCGCUGAGGGUCCACAUGCGCAUCCACACGGGAGAAAGGCCCUAUUUGUGCUCACAGUGUGGGAAAGGUUUCCAUUCUGGAGGGGACCUGCAGGUGCACAUACGUAGCCACACAGGGGAGAAGCCAUACAGGUGUGAGGUGUGUGACCAGCGCUUUACCACGUCCAGCCAUCGUAUUGAUCACGCGCGCAUACACAGCGGCGUGAAGCCUUUCACCUGUGACUACUGUGGGAAACGUUUUUCUCGUAAGGCCUGUCUUAAAAAACACAUGUACACCCACACUGGGGAGAAGCCGUACAAGUGCUCCAUAUGUCCCAAAAGUUAUAGUUAUCGUAGUCACUUGAAUAGACAUAUACACACACAUAGAGCUGUAAUUUGAUGGAGCAAAAAUUUGAAAAGACAUCUGAACAUCUGAAGGAUUUCUCAAGUCAACAGUAUAUCUAAACCUUCUGUUCUUCUAUAUAUCAAUACAAAGUUGGUGAAAAGUGUGUGUGUUUGCAUCACAGUUCAAAUUUUGAUUGUUGAAGUGUUGUUGGUGAGAAAUUGAAUUAAAUCAAUAACACAUAAAA